AUGGACUCAGAGGAUUGGGAUGGUGAACCUGCCAUGCUCUACCAGUACAUCCAUGCUUUAUCUCCCACUUCCGGGUUGCUCGACAUGGCUCACUUCUGUGCUUCUCUGCAUUCCUGCUCCACCCAAGACGAGGGCAUUCUCUCUGACGCUGUUGUUUGCACCACUGUCGCAGACGGUGUCGGCUUCCGCCAUGCUCCCUCUCACCGCGUGGACUCGUCUGCAUCCUCGCCUCUGGUCUCCAAGCCUCUGCUUGUGUCCCUCUUUGCCUGCCACUCUCACUCCUGUGCCUGCCUCCCCGUUACAUGUCUUAUUGACAACAGUUCACAGGUAGGCGUACUCAUACGCCCAUCAAUGGCACACACGCUCGGUGUGCCCAAGGAGCAGUGGGGGAAGUUAGAGUGGCCACUGAGGGCCAGGGGAGCAUUCUCGUCUACAGUAUCAUCAUCCACAUCCGUACCUUCACCCGACAUGCCUUCCACUUCCUUGCCAUCCAUGACCUGUAGUUGUUAUCUCAACCUCUCGUUUGAAUCGAGUAAUGAGUUGUUCUCUUUUGCGCAUAUGCGCUGGGUGAUCGGUCCCGAAAGCCUGUGCGCGCCUGUCAUCCUAGGCCAGCAGUUCCUUGCUGAGAACCGGCUUGUCUGCGAUGCCAAAGACCGCGCCAUUUGGUCGAAGAUCACCAGCUAUGACCUCAUUCACCCUGACGCUCCGUCGCGCCUUCCUUACCGGUACUCGGCCGACAACAUCACCAAACAGAAUGCCACUUUCCACGCUCUUUACGACGCCCACAUUGCCCGCCUCGGUGCCGCUCUCCUUCCGCAGCAGGAGCCGCUUGCGCCACACACCACCACCGAGUACAUCCUGUCCGACUCUAUCCCAGACAUUGAUGAUCUGAUCCAGUAUCGUGCCUGCCUCUCGCAUCUCGAAUGGCUGGACACCCAGUUCAAAGCAAAACAUGCCAGUGUAUUUGGACCCAUCCCACACGCUUCCAACCUACCGAUCGACGUCUUACACUGCAUUGACCUCAAAGACACCUCUGCCACCAUCCGGAGAUGUGCCUACCACACACCUAAGCAAUACAAAGCCGCCUUCAAUACCCUUCUCGCUGAGAACAUCACUUCCAUCCGUAUUCAGCCAUCCACCUUGCACUUCGUUUCACCUAGCUUCCUGGUUAAUAAACCCAACGGUUAUAAACACUUGGUUAUUGAUCACCGGCAACUAAACAACAAUACCGUCCCCGACCACUUCCCCAUGCCGCUGGUUGACGAGAUCCUCUGUGACUGCGUGCUCGGCCACAUCUGGGGCAAACUUGACAUGACCGCCACAUUCCACCAGACGCGCACGGACCUGGACUUGCACCAGUACUAUGGUGUCCGGGAAAGACAAGCUUCGGAUAUCAGCCGGGAACGCCCAAUCGACCAAUGGGCAUCUUUGUUUGUGCAAGGCACACACGUAACCUCAACGUUGCUCAGCGUACCUUUUCCUGCACCUGCCGAACUUCCGACAUCUCGGAAAUGUUACCUUCCGCUGGUAAGGUAG